ACAAAGGUGCAAAAACCACAUUCCAAGCUGUUCCGAAUACCAAAAGCGGUUUCAAACUUCUCUCAUUCGCUUAUAAAAGGCUGCUUCCUGAUUUUGAUGUUAGUCACAACAUACUCUAAAAGAAGACUUUAAUUUGAUUUGAUUUUUUUCCUAAUUGCUCUCUCAACAACCCAAAGCUCGCAAAACCCUAGAAUAAGUAUCAAGAUGGGAAGGGGAAAGAUAGUGAUCCGACGGAUCGAUAACUCAACGAGCAGGCAAGUGACUUUCUCUAAGAGAAGAAAUGGAUUAUUGAAGAAAGCUAAGGAGCUUGCUAUUCUUUGUGAUGCUGAAGUUGGAUUGAUCAUUUUCUCCAGUACUGGGAAGCUCUAUGAGUUUUCUAACACCAGCAUGAAAUCAGUUAUUGAACGAUACAAUAAAACUAAGGACGAACGUCAACAACUGCACAAUCCAGCGUCGGAACUGAAGCUGUGGCAGCGGGAGGCAGAGAUAUUGCGACAACAAUUACACGACCUGCAAGAAAAUCAUCGGCAAUUAAUGGGAGAGGAACUUUGUGGUCUGGGUGUAAAACACCUAACAAAUCUGGAGAAUCAACUGGAAAUGAGCUUAAGGGGCAUCCGUAUGAAAAAGGAGCAAAUAUUAAAGGAUGAAAUUCAAGAGCUAACUCAAAAGGGGAGCAUGAUACAUCAAGAAAACUUGGAACUCUACAAGAAGGUAAACCUCAUUCGACAAGAAAAUGCAGAAUUGUAUAAAAAGGUUUAUGGUACAAGGAAUGCUAAUACAGUGAAUGGAAACACCAAUUCUCCAUAUCGCUUCACAGUGAGUAGAGAAGUUCAUGCCCCCAUCCAUCUGCAGCUAAGCCAGCCCGAGCCACACAAUUUUGAGAUGCCUGCAGGAGUAUCCAAUUCGAGGUAGAGAUCAACGGUGGCAGUAAACAUCAAUGACUUAUCAACCUGAACUGCAGAGCAGCAAAGAAGAAAGACUAAAUAAGGAUUGCAGAGUUUCUAUGAGAUAUUAGUGUGGAGUUGCAAAGGCAUCUCAUAAUAUAUAUGGUGUAUUAUCUUAUUCAUAAUGGUAGCAUAGAAUAUACAUUAUCUAUUCAUGCUAUCAGUACAAUUCUAACAUUUGAUGCUGCACAUAAAGAGUGCAUAGGCAUCAUGGCCAACCAAUCUAUCUGAGAAUUCUUAACAAAAUCGCAUGAUGUACGUUUAGUUGUUUGAGUUCAGCAUUGCAAAUACAUAGUAAUCUGGAA